AUGGCGGCGGAGCUGCAUCCGCGGAGCGGAAAGCUGGUCGGCCUGUCCAACUCGAACCGAACCGCCCGGCGCAACCAGCCCGUCCAGGAGUUCAACCACGGCCUGGUGCUCAGCAAGGAGCCCCUUAGGGACCGGGAUGUCUUCACCGUCCGCAUUGACAAGAAGGUGAACUCCUGGAGCGGCUCCAUCGAGAUCGGCGUGACGGCGCUGGACCCGGCCUCGCUGGACUUCCCCAGCAGCGCCACCGGCCUGAAGGGCGGCUCCUGGAUCGUGUCGGGCUGCUCGGUGCUGCGCGACGGCCGCUCCGUCCUGGAGGAGUACGGCCGCGACCUGGACCAGCUGGCCGAGGGCGACCGCGUGGGCAUCCAGCGCACCUCCCACGGGGAGCUCCACCUGUGGGUGAACGGGCAGGACUGCGGCGCCGCCGCCAGCGGCCUGCCGCCCCGGCUGUGGGCCGUGGUGGACCUGUACGGGAAGUGCACCCAGGUGACGGUGGUGAGCUGCGAGCCGCCGCCGCCCUCCGCAGAGCGGGAGAGAGAGACGAUAGAGUGCGACGAGGAUGAGGAGGAGGACGAGGAGGAGGAGGAGGUGGUUGUGCGUGGGGGUCGGGACGAUGGGGGGAUCGCAGCGCUGAUGAACGUGGCGGCAAUGAACGGCGUGGUGAACGGAGACGAAGUGCCUGAGCUCAGCUGCAGCAACAGCCGACCAGACAAGUUCCCCAACAACCUGGAGCCGGACGCUGUUCUCACGGAGCACCAGCUCUUUGACGUCUUCAACAACGCCAUAGUUUCGUUUUAUCGCUCCGAAGACGAGGGAGGAGGCGAGGACGGCGCCGGCGGCGACGGAGGAGACGCUGGAGCUGGAGGAGACGCGGGGACCGACUCCUCUUCCAGGAACGACAGAGGCAGCGGCGGAGGAGGAGGAGGAGGCGCGGCCAGCGGUGACAGCGGCACGGGGACGAACGGAGGAGGAGACCGCGGCAACAGCAGCAGCAGCCCGGCGGGGAGCGACGGGGCGGCGCCGGGCUCCGGGAGCGUCGGCGUGACGACCAACGACGCGCUGCUGUUCCACGAGAAGUGCGGCACGCUGAUCAAGCUGAGCAACAACAACAAGACGGCGGAGCGGAGGAGGCCGCUGGACGAGUUCAACAACGGCGUGGUGAUGACCAACCGGCCGCUGCGGCACAACGAGAUGUUCGAGAUCCGCAUCGAUAAGCUGGUGGACAAGUGGUCGGGCUCCAUCGAGAUCGGCGUGACGACGCACAACCCCAACAACCUGGACUACCCCGCCACCAUGACCAAUCUGCGCUCAGGUACAAUCAUGAUGAGUGGUUGCGGGAUACUGACGAACGGGAAAGGGACCCGCAGGGAAUACUGUGAAUUCAGCCUGGAUGAACUUCAGGAGGGGGAUCACAUCGGGUUGAUGCGCAAAGCCAGCGGCGCUCUCCAUUUCUACAUCAACGGCAUCGAUCAAGGCGUAGCGGCGGCCCAGACGCCCAGCGUGGUUUACGGCGUGGUGGACCUGUACGGCAUGGCCGUCAAAGUCACCAUAGUGCACAACCACAACCACAGCGACCGGCUGAGGCGCAACAACGCCAUCAUGAGGGCCCUGUCGCCCGACGUGGGCCGGCCCCGGCCCGCUCUGGCCCUCACGCCGGACCCGGAGGCGCCCGAUCGUCUGUUGUUCCACCCCAACUGCGGCCAGAAGGCGGCCAUCAUCUGCGACGGCAGGACGGCGCUGCGGCCGCAUGCCACUGACGACUUCAACCACGGCGUGGUCCUGAGCAGCCGGCCGCUGCGCUCCAACGAGGUGUUUCAGGUCCGCAUCGACAAGAUGGUGGACAAGUGGGCGGGCUCCAUCGAGAUCGGCGUCACCACGCACAACCCCGCCUACCUGCAGCUGCCGUCCACCAUGACAAACCUGCGGUCAGGGACGUGGAUGAUGACGGGGAACGGCGUGAUGCACAACGGGACCACCAUCCUGGACGAGUACGGACACAACCUGGACCGGCUCAAAGCGGGGGACACGGUCGGCGUGGUCCGGAAAGAAGACGGCAGCCUGCACUUCUUCGUGAACGGCGUGGCGCAGGGCCCGGCGGCCUGGAACGUCCCGCCCAGCGUCUACGCCGUGGUCGACCUGUACGGCCAGGCGGCGCAGGCCACCAUCAUGGACGACAUGGUGGACCUCCCCCCUCUACCGGAGGACAGCUCGGACGGCCCCACCGCCAUGUCCCCCGGGAGCCCCUGCUCUGUAGCCGGCGCCGUCAUCACCAGCGACCUGCGGUUCCACCAGCUGCACGGCACCAACGCCGUCAUCACCAACGGGGGCCGCACCGCGCUGCGCCAGAACUGCCGCAGCGAGUUCAACGACGCCAUCGUCAUCUCCAACAGGAGCCUCCGGGAAGGCGAGCUGUUUGAAAUCGUCAUCCAGAAGAUGGUGGACCGCUGGUCCGGCUCCAUAGAAGCAGGCGUGACGGCCAUCAGGCCGGAGGAGCUGGAGUUUCCCAACACGAUGACCGACAUCGACUACGACACCUGGAUGCUGAGUGGGACGGCCAUCAUGCAGGACGGCAACACCAUGCGCAACAACUACGGCUGUGACCUGGACUCGCUGACCACGGGCUCCCGCAUCGGCAUGAUGCGCACGGCCAACGGCGACCUGCACUACUACAUCAACGGCGUGGACCAGGGCGUGGCCUGCUCGGGCCUGCCGGCAGAAGUGUUUGCCGUCAUCGACCUGUACGGCCAGUGCGUUCAGGUCGCCAUCACCAGCUCCUCGGGGCCUUUGGACAACAGCCUGUGCACCAGCAACGUCACCGAGAAGAGCUUCCCCAUCCACUCUCCAGUGGCAGGCGUGGCCCACCGGCUCCACAGCAAGCACGGCAAGAACGUGGUGCUGCUCGGCGAGGGCUGCCAGGCCAUCCGAGUGGGCGGCUACUCUCACGGCAUCGUGUUCAGCGGCAAGGAGCUCCGAGCGGACGAGCUGUUUGAGGUGAGGAUCGACGAGGUGGACGAGCAGUGGUGCGGCUCGCUGCACAUGGGCCUGACCACGCUGGCGCCUCUGGAGCUGCCGUCCUGCCCGCUGUCCGGCCUCUCCCCCUCGCUCCCGCAGCUCCGCACCAAGGUCACCUGGCUGCUCUGCGGCUCCGAGGUGCGGCGCAACGGCGUGCUGCAGCGGCAGAACUACGGCUACUCGCUGGAGCGGCUGACGGUGGGGAACCGCGUGGGCGUGAAGAGGUGCAACGACGACACCAUGCACAUCUUUGUGGACGGAGAGGACAUGGGCCCCGCCGCCACCGCAGUGCCCAAAAACGUGUACGCGGUCCUGGACCUGUACGGGAGGAUUACGGCGGUCUCCAUCGUCAGCUCCUCUCUGAUGGAGGACACGGAGAGCAUCAAGGCGCCGUCGCUGACGUCGGAGAGCUGCAGCGAAGGGGAGGAGGACAGCAGCCCGGUGAGAGAGGCGGAGAGCGAGACGUGUCCCCUGGCGCCCACGGUCAUGAUGUUCCUGGAGAACCACGGCAAGAACAUCCAGCUGUCCAACCAGAACCUGACGGCGGCCAGGGUCUCCAGCUACAACCAGGGCCUGCUGGUCACCGCCCAGCCGCUGGCCCGCCAGCAGCUCUUCCAGUUUCAGAUCGACCGCCUGAACCCGUCGUGGACGUCGUCUCUGUCGUUAGGGGUGAUAGGCCACUCCCCCGACCGGCUCAACUUCCCGUCCACAGCCUGCUGCCUGAAGCGGUCCGCCUGGCUGCUGCAGCGAGACUCCGUCUUCCACAACUCCCUGAAAAUAUGCGAGAACUACGGUCCUAACCUGGACACCUGUCCGGAGGGGACGGCGUUGGGUCUGCUGGUGGACACCAACAGCUGUCUCCAUCUCUACGUGAACGGCAUGGACCAGGGCGUGGCGGCGCAGGACAUCCCCUCACCCUGUUACCCCUUCAUCGACCUCUAUGGCCAGUGUGAGCAGGUGACGAUAGUGACCAACAACGUGCCAGCUGUGGGCGCAGAGGGCGGCCAGACGCGCUUCCAGGCAGACAUGGAGAAGGCCGACAUGGUGGACGGCAUCAAGGAGAGCGUGUGCCGGACGCCCCCUCCGGAGGUCAACCCCAACAAGACCUGCGAGUACCAGGCUCUCUGCUCCCGCUUCAAGGACCUGCUCACCUUACCAGAUGGCUACUUUAACGAAGAUGCCAAAUACAACCUGUGCUACUGUGAGUCCUGCCACAAGCUCCGGGGCGACGAGGCGUACUACAAGCGAGGAGAGCCGCCCCGAGACUACGCCCUGCCGUUUGGAUGGUGUCGCUUCGCCCUCAGGAUCAAGUCCCACUGUGAGGUUUCUAACGCGCUGAAGAAGUGGCACAUUGCUUACCACGGCACCAGCGUAGGAGCCCUGAGACGCACUCUGGACCACGGCCAGCUGCUGCCUGGGACGUCGUCCAUUUUCCUGGUGUCUCCAGUUAAGGCGGAGGGCCCAAACGGCUACACCGAACCAGAGGAGAACAGCGCCCCCGGCAGGGAGGUUCCCAGAGUGCGGCUCUCCCCGACCAUGCGCUACUCUGGCAUGGAGACGUUUGCUCCCAAAGUGCAAUUUCAGGACCCCCGUUCCCACCGCUGCCACCAGGCUCAGGUGGGUUUCCAGGUGUGCGUGCGGCCGGGCUCCUACAAGGUGGGACCUCAGACGCUCGGCCAGAGCGAGCCUCUAGAUCCUCGCUUCAGCAACUCGGAGAUCGAGUGGAUCACGAAGGAGCAGGGCGGCACGUUUCUCUACGGCCUGCUGAUCCGGGUAGAGUGACCGGAGCGGCGGUGACGCUUCCGGUUAUUUUUGAUAAAACGGACAACCAAACCCAAGCCCUGCCUUGAGCAAGACACUCCUCUGGAAAGCCAGCUGGUCCUGCAGCGGAUUGUCGACGACUCAGCAUUUUUUUGGUGUUGUUCGGGCCACUCGCUCCUCGGCUUUUUUUGCCGGCUGAGAGCAGCGGCCCGUACCAAGAACAGACACUGCCUGCACUUUAUGUUUCGGACACUAGUGGGCGAUUUUUAAACUUCUCAUCGACACGACAUGUUUGUUUAUUAGCUAUUUCUUUUUUUUUUUUCUGUUCAUUCUCCCCUCGGCUUGUUCUUCCACCCUCAAGUAGCUUUUUUUUUUUUAUAGUUUAGCACUUAUUUUAACACUUUUGACCUCUACUCUGGUGUUUUAUUAUAGGAGGUAUUUCUCACCCAAAUUUACACAGAAAAAGACUGAAAGGUAGGUUUAUUUGCAUUUUUUUUUAUUAUGAGGACGGUGUUUUAACAGUAAUGUAGAAAUGACAAAACACUUGAAUCUCAAUAUAUGAGCCCGGGAGCAUCAUGUGAUUGUGACCCCAUGAGCAGGGAGAUUUUUAGAAAAAGGAGGGAGGGACGAAUAUGUUUACACACCUGUCCUUCACUGUGUGUUUCUGUUCUGUGUCCAUACGAACAGACGUUAAUAUCGCCGCCACCCUCCAUUGGUUUACACAGAACUCCGAUCUGGGAAUGACAUCUAAUCGCCUAACGUUGCGAUGUGAAUUUCCUGGUUUCAUGUUGGGGGGGAAAAGUGGAAGCUGGGUUUUUUUUUUCCCCUCUGCCAGUCGUGUUUUGUAGAAAGUCGGAAAAAUCAACUUGGUCAAAUCCAAUAUGGCUGCUUGCAUGCACGAAAUGUAAUGAAGUCUGCAAAAAAAUAAUGUUUGGGAAACCUCUGGGAUUUAUGCGUUUCAAGCACUUAACAGUUUGCCCCCCUGGAGCGUGACGAAGUUUGGGGCGGCAUCGUUCCCGGGUUUAGUUUCAGCCUCUAUCAGCGCUGUGCUGGGUUCCACUCCUGCUGAUUUACCCGUCGUUGCGUUGUUAUAAGCCAGAACAUCGUCACAGACAGGAUGUACAGCACUCCGUGUGCCUCUAAUGUAGAAUAAAAGCUAAUUUAUUAAUGCAACGUUACGUUUGUGUUGUGUGUCUGGCAGCCAUAUUUAGUAUUUAACACUGGGGCUGCUCUGAAACCUCCAGGUUUCAAGUUUGAAUCCUGAUCUCAGGGGAUUAUUGUUGUUUUGUUUCCAACCAGGAACAGGAAACUCUGCAUUCCAGAUACAGAUGGGACAUUAUUCCAACAUGGUAGCACAGGUCCCCCAAGUUACCGUGACAUUAGAUCAAAUAUGGCGUCUUCGUUCAGUGAAAGUUACAGAAAUAACCUGUUUUUGUGCCUCAUAAAAGUAUUUAUCAGCGUAUCGCUUGUUAACAUCUUCCACUAGUGUUUGAAUGCAUAAAUCCCACUAUUUUCCAAUUUGCAACUGAGAUGUGAUUAAGUACAGAACGACGUCUCUCCCAGGUCCAAGUUCACCCCUCUGAGGUGAAUGAAACUCUGCAUGCCGCUGCGUUGUAUUUGCAUCGGGAGUCAGAUCUCUGAGUGAGGUCAACCUCGUUCCAGUCGUGUUGGAAAACCAGUGGGAUUUUCCCUAAUUGUUCUGGUGUUGACCGCUAGUUGUAAUGCAAGGCAUAUUGGGUCCAUUUUAUGUCUUCCACUGGUUCAGUGAGAAACAAGCAGUCAGAAACGAUCGUAGUUUAUUCCGCCGACUGUUUUAUCUACCUGGCAGCCAUAUUGGAUAUUAACCUUGGGCGUGCUCUGGGUCCUCUGUCCUUCCAGGACGCCUUGAGGUGCCGUUGUUGUUGCACUUCCAGGUGGGAACUUGGAAAAUGUGACUUUAAAUACAAGUGGAACUCACUGAAAUCUGGAAAGUUGGAGGUCUCGGGUUUAAAUCCAAGAUGGCUGCCAAGUGUACAGAACACAGUGAAAGUGGCAGAAAUAAACUUUUUGGUUUCAGUAAAUUAGCAAAAAGCAUUUUGUACUGAUUGGAAACACAUCUGCUUUAUAUUUAAACCCGUAAAUCCCACCUUUAAAAACAAGCUAAAACCAACAGACUGCUGUUGAGUUUGGUGUGAUGUCAUUCCUAUAUCAGAGACUUUCAACGUGAACAGACCCGAUAUUAGGUUGUGGUCGCUAUGCUUUUUUUUUUUUUUUUUUUUUGGCCAAACAUGGCUUGACUCUCCCUUCUGAAGGAAAACCAGACACACAUGAACAAUAGCGGAGUCAGAAACGGACGUUGCAUAAUUACCGCUGCACCUUUUGGGGGGGAAAAAAUGAAAAUAGCAACAGAUGCUAAUUUAUGCUCCAGAUUUACCGCUUGUGCAGUAAAAGUAGCAGAAAAUGUCCCUUAAAAAAAGAUUCUGGUUGAGUUUGAAUAUUUAAGAUUUACAACGGCCUAUUUUGUUUUGCUGAGGUAUUUUACAAUUCUUACAUUUUAUACAUUGAAAGUAAGCUAAAGGCAGCUAGCUACGUUCCACUUUCCAGAAGGGUCUCAGAAAAGCUUGAUGUACUCGUAAAAACCAACACAGGUGACUUCUUUGAUUGUAAAAGGAAAACAAAACUUGUGUAUAUCUUAAGAUAUAUUUUUUAAAAGUGGUUAAGCUAUAGCAAAAGCUACUAGCUAGCUUAGCAGGAAAAAACUUAAAUGGGGAUAAAAUGCUAAAGUUAGCAUCCAGCGCUCCAAGUACAGGGCUAGUAAAUUGUUUAAUUUAUUGUAAGGAAUCUAAACUACAGACAGACAUUGGGACUUAAAAGUGUUAUCAGGAUAUUUUGUGUUUUUUUUAUUGCAAAGAUAACCAAGAAUUUAAAAGUUAAAAGCAGCUUUUUGGGGGGGGGGGCUAAAAAGUUAUCCCUACAUAAAAGCCUCACAAAAACAAACGCUGCUCUAGUUUAGAUUGCUUCACUACAACAGUUUACAUUUAAAGCAGUGAAUUAGUCCUUUACUUUAGUGCUGGGUCAUGAAUUUCCAAUGGUUGUAAAACAUUUUAGCCAGAUUAGGACGCCGUUAGUUCGCUGUCCAAAGGGAACCACGUCUACUAAGCUAAACCCGUUGUUAGAUUCUUGUCUAUAUUCUGAUCCCAAGAUGUCCAGCAUCCCUGCUAAAGUCCGACAAAGCCCCAAAGGUGCGAAACCACAGUCUUGCUCCCCGUCACCGUUUACACUCCAUGCAAACCCAUCCAUCCGUUUACCCGGCCGACACCACCUCCUGCAGGGCUUGAAAACGUCUCCUUUAACAUGGUGGCAUCCCACAAACUGGCGUUUACAUGUGAAUGUUUUUAAUUAGGGCUCUGCAUUUAUUUCACACCCGCUUGGAUUGUUUACAAUCAGUUUUCUUUUGUUUUUUUUUGUAUUUUAUUUUUUUUGGCCAAAUUGCAAACGGAGGAAACAAAAAGUUUAUAGCUGAUGCGUCCGACUCUAAAAGUACAAGUCAGUCAGAGAAGCUCAAUCAAUUUCUCAUUGAUGAGGGAGAGGAAAAACUUAAAAUAUAAUAAAAAAAAAAUGUGAAAAAUGUUAUUACAUGGGUUAUUUAAAGCCCAGUGCUGCUUUGUACACUUUAAUUUGUAUUUUUGUUUUGUUUUCUGUAUGUUGUGUUGUACAGGCUGUUACAUAGCAAAUCAUAUCUUCAUGAUUUAUAUAAAAAAAUAAAAUAAAUGAACUGACGAACA